ACGGACUGCUCUCGCUUCUCGGCUCUCCUCCCCCUCUCGGUCUCAACAACGGAUCAGUAACAGGGUGCUCUCCUCCCCUAAUCGACUUGGCGACCAGCUAACCCACUUAACUCGAACCUCCAUUGCUUUCCUACUUGGUGAAUCGGUCAAAAAAUUGAAAAAAGUGAUGAGCGCGACGGUUUGGCCUGUUCGAAAUUUUAUUGCUUGUUUUUCGAGUUUCCGACGUCAAAACGACAUCGUUUUGAUCUUUUUUUAUUAAAUUUUUAUAAUCCUAAAAUUCUAAACGUUGCCAGUUGCCCUAGGGCCGCUAGCACUAGCAGUCGAACGCGAACGGUCUCCGUCUCCCCUGCCGAUCAACUCCAUCACUCAAUCACUCGUCCCUCUCCCUCUCCCUCUCCCCUGCCAAACGCCUCUCGCUCUGAUUCUCUUCUUCCUUCUUCAGUCGACUGAACGCAUCUCUGAGGCCCGAGCUCGCCCCCCCGUCAGCCACGUUCGCGACUGCUUUCCACUCUCCAGGUUGAACUGUUGAAGUCGGCUGCUUGGCUCGGCACCUGCGUCGAACUCCGAGGGCGAGAAGUGACCUUCAAAUUGCAAAGAUUCGCAUCUCUUUUACUAUAAGACACAUUUUCAUUACAUGAGUGGUGGAUCCUUCUCUCUUCGUCAAUGAAUUAGCAUUCCACACUCCCUCAGACGCAGUCCAUCGUUGUCUGCCCUGCGUGGUUGUUGUUGGGCAAGCGGUGAAGAAGGUUCAAACCCUAGGCUUUUUCUAUUUCCAAAAUCUGCGACUUUUGUUGAUUACAGUCCAAAGAAGUUGAGAUGAGUGUUACAGAGCCUUUGAAGAAGGGUUCUCUUCCCCAAAUUGUUAAGUUGGACAAGGCAUUGAAACUGGCUGAAGUAUGGAUAAAUAACAUGAGCAAAGUUGAAGAUGAUGAACCAACAGAUGCUGACAAAGAGGGUCGACCUCCUAGGCUUGGCCUUGGUGCAAAAGUUUUUCGCCAAUCAAAAGUGGGGCCAUCAGAUGACCCUGUAGAGCGGAAAUUAUAUGCCAAGUUGGAUGCUAGAAAAAGAAAAGCUGCUCAAAUGGAAGAGGAGUCUAGAUCAUCUCAAAGAGAUGGUGUUGAAGAUGAUGAAGACGAUGCUGGCGAAGAUAGCAGAACUAGCUCGUUUAUUAAAAAGGCAGCACCACGACCUUUGCCCUCAACGAUACUAGGAAAUAAGAAGAGGAAGUAACGUAACAUUUUCGUAGUUGUUCCAUACUAACUGUGAUGGCUGGAUAACUUAUUAACUACAUUUGGCUUGAUGGCUUCCACCUCACACCUUACGUUGCGUAAGUCCGUAGGUAUUUUUUUUGGGUAACGAUAUUUUAUGUAAUUUAGUUAUGUAGUUAAUGAGAUUAAUAGCUGAUUACAAUUUUGUGUUGAUUUAACUGAUGCAUACAUUAUGUUCGUCUAUAUGUUGUUGCAAUUCCUCAAGUUGAAUGUACAUCUACACAUUCUGGCUCCAAAAAAAAAACAAGAGUAUACAUCUGCACACAUUUUUUA